GGGAGCAUGACGACAGUCGAGGACUUGAGCUGGUGGAUUCUCGUGGCGCUUUUCUGCGUCUCCCUCCUGGUGGUCUCGGCCUGGUUGGUGCAGUUCUCUCUAGCCUUACUGCGCCCCAGGAGGGCAGCUGUCCAAAACAGGAGCGGGGAGACCGCUUGGCAGUUCCCCCUUCGUCUUACUCAUCAGACCCUGACGGGGGGCGUGUGGGGGUCUCUCCAGAGGCUUCGGUUCAGGCGGGACGGGAGGGAAAGCGAAAGCGAGGCGGGGGUGAAAGGUCUCUUGUCCUCGCUGUUUUCCUUCAGGUCGUUCAGGGAGCAUUGGAAGAGAGCCUGGAUCCAGGCCCUCAACGCACAAGCGCACAGACAAGGGAGCUCCAUUCAAAUCACCUUCGAUGACAGCCUUCAACUCCCAGCCUCUGCUUCUGUCGACCAUGUGACCUGCACCGACCAAUCAGCUCACAGUAUGGUUUUGCAGUGCAGUUGCUCAGUUGACACCGUAAAGUUCCCUGUGACUGUCACUCAGCAGUCACCUGCGGCCGUUUCCAUGGAUACGUACCAGAUCACCAUGGAGCCCAUGCAGGCUCAGCUGAUGAUCUGUCUUGAGGAGAUAGAGGAAGAGGGUCUGCUUGUGUCCUGGAGUUUUUCCCAGCAGCCUCUGCUCUCCAUAAAGGUGUGCCCGCGGACACAGGUCCAGAGAGAGGGCGCUGAGACACAGGUGGACAUGGGUGUGAUUGGUGACCUGGUUGAGGAUGCCCUGUACACCACCCAGCCGGCCAUGAUCCUCAACCUGAGAGCGUGUGUCUCCAGCCCAGCAUUACCCAAAGAGAGGCAGCUGGGGGGGCUGAACUCCCCAGCGCAGGGAAUCUCGUCUGGCAGACUGCUGGUGCGUCAGCUCGCCGUGUCCAGUGUCCGCAAAGGUAGUUCGUCUCAUCUGGCUGAGCUGUGCUGUGUUCUGAGCCUGGACGUCCCCUCUCUGGAGAGGAGGACCCGAUUCCUGUCCCCGCCCUCUGGCCUCGAAACCACGCUGGACUGGAGUGAAGACCUCACACUGGAUUUGCGUCCAGAGACCAAAGAGCUCAAAGUGAGACUGAUGGAGCGCAACAGCAAAGGGGAACAAUUCUUGCCUGGUCACGCCUCCUUGCCGUUGGACCUCUUGAAAAAGAGCCCCACUGGACAACACGUGUUGUCAAUCAACCCUGGUCCCGGUAUGUCAGAGACUGCUACGGUCACCUUGGAACUGCUGUAUUUGGAGUCAGGUGACAUUCGUGGAUGCAAUAACGUCACUCCCCUCCGUUCUUCCCUCACGCCGUCUAAGAAGGUGGACGUGGACCGUACCAUCAUGCCGGACGGUACCAUAGUUACCACGGUGACCACGAUCCAGUCUCGACCGAAACUGGACCGUAAAAUGGGGGACUCUCCAUCCAGAUCACCCUCUAAGGUGGAGGUGACGGAGAAAAGGCCGGUGGUUCUCACAGACAGCCUGCAGAGCACAGCCAGUGUUAGCUCCUCCCCCAGCUCUGAAAGUCCCCUCUCUAACGGGCUGGAUCCGGUCGCCGAGACGGCGAUCCGACAGCUGACCGAAUCGGCCAGUAAAGUGCCCAAGAAGACGCCCACCAAACGGAGCACGCUCAUCAUCUCUGGAGUGUCAAAGGUCCCGAUCACAGAGGACGACUCAGCGAUGUCGAUUGGCUACGCUGCCGCCAUGGACGCGGCCCUGCACGGGGAGCACUCACCAGGCACGCCCCAAAACCACUGUGGCUCCGCCCCUCACCAGGACCCCGACGAGACGACACCGUCAGACGUGUCAGAGCGUCCGUCUGUGGACGAUGUGGAGUCUGAGACUGGGUCGACCGGAGCGCUGGAGACACGGAGCCUGAAAGACCACAAAGUGGGCUUCCUGCGUAGUGGCACUAAGCUGCUGUUUCGGAGGAGGCACAAGCAGAAGGACCCCAGCUUCAGCCAGUCCCACGAGGACAUCUCCAACCUGGCCGACGACUCCCCCUCCACCAGCUCAGCCAGCAGCCGCAAGAAAUCCGGAAGCUUCUCCCGCCGCCUCAUGAAACGCUUCUCUUUCCGAUCGUCCAAGUCAAAGGGCAAAGCCAGCGUCACUAAUGGAGGGGCUAGCACAGCUGACAAAUGAGAG